AUGCCUAAAGCUUGUGUAGCUACAUUUCUCAUGAUGACCAGCUUCCUUUCCACCAUAAACCAUUUCCAAAUGGUAUCUACCGUAGCCCUACCAGAUGAUGAUAUCUUCACCCUAGACAUUGUGUCAAAAAUCCACGUCGACCAUGAUUCGACCGCCAAAGCAUCGUCGGACUUUGGCCGCAUUGUGGAAGCCAUCCCAAAUGGGGUAUUCCAUCCCACCUCACCCGCGGAUAUUGCUGCCCUAAUCCGGCUCUCAAUCUCUCAGUCGAAGCCUUUCACCGUGGCACCCCGUGGGCAAGGUCACUCGGCGAGAGGACAAGCCCUUGCCCCGGGUGGCAUUGUCAUCGACAUGCGCUCGAUGGGGCGUGGUAACCAUGGCUACCAUGCAAACGUGUCCUCCGACGAGUUGUGGGUGGAUGUUGGCGGCGAGCAGCUGUGGAUCGACGUCCUACAUGCCACGCUCGAGCAUGGCCUCGCACCCCGCAUCUGGACCGACUACCUCCAUAUCACAGUCGGUGGCACGCUCUCCAACGGGGGCAUCGGCGGGCAGGCGUUCCGGCAUGGGCCACAGAUCUCCAAUGUGCACGAGCUUGACGUGGUAACAGGCAUGGGCGAAAUGAUCACCUGUUCCCAGGACAAGAACUCAGACCUCUUCUUUGCAGCAUUGGGCGGGUUGGGUCAGUUUGGGGUCAUAACCCGGGCUCGGAUCGCGCUUGAACCCUCUCCCAAACGGGUUCUUUGGGUCCGAAUCGCCUACUCAGACGUAGAAUCAUUCACCAGUGAUCAGGAGCUGCUCAUAUCAAAACGGUCUAACGGAUCCGGUUUCGACUACAUUGAAGGCCAAGUCCAGCUGAACCGGACCCUCACCGAGGGCCGGAGGUCGUCUUCCUUCUUCUCAGCCUCAGAACUUGAUCAGCUUGCCGAGCUCGUCCUCAGGACCGGGUCCAACGCAAUCUACUACAUUGAGGGUGCAAUGUACUACAACGAUGACACUGCCUCCUCCGUGAAUCAGAAACUUGAAAGACAACUGGAGGAGUUAAGCUUUGCCCCGGGGUUCGUAUUCGUCAGGAACGUGUCAUACCUAGAGUUCCUUGACCGGAUCGGUCGUGAGGAGCAGAAGCUCCGGUCGGCUGGCGUCUGGGACGUGCCACACCCAUGGCUCAACCUCUUCGUCCCCAAGUCACGCAUCCUCGACUUCGACGCCAGCGUAUUCAAGGGCAUCCUCAGGGACGCCAAGCCCGUCGGCCUCAUUCUCAUGUACCCGAUGAACAAGAACAUGUGGGACGACAGGAUGACGCCGGCCACGCCGGACGGGGACGUGUUCUACGCCGUCGGGCUGCUCAGGUCGGCGGUGGCCGCCGGCGACCUCGAGCGGCUGGAGGGGGAGAACGCCGCCGUGCUGGAGUUCUGCGACCGGGAAGGCGUCGGGUGCAAGCAGUACCUGCCGCACCACGCGUCGCCGGACGGCUGGAGGCGGCACUUCGGGGAGAAAUUGGGCAGGGUCGCCGCGAUGAAGCGCAGGUACGACCCGAGGGCGAUCCUGUCGCCGGGGCAGGGGAUCUUCCCCACCGGCGCCGCCGUGGCCGACGGCGACGACGAAGCCGGCUCUGAUUCUCUGUAG